AUGAACAAAAAUUGGAAUGACAGAGCUGACAAGGACCUCUUUUUUACCAUCCUAUCCGUCAAGAAUAUCGGCGUAAUAAGCGGAGGAGAAUGGACUACCAUUGGUAAUCAUAUGCGAUCAUUAGGAUAUGGCUUCACUAAUGAGGGAUGCCGUCAACACUUUCAAGGCCUCCGCAGAGCUCAGCAUAAGGUUGAGACCAAUGGUAGUAUAGAUGCCCAGCGCAGAUCUGACCCUACUCAAAACCCCAUCACACGGCGCCCUGGUCCCGGUCGUGGGCGACCCAGGAAACAGCCUCCAGCACCCAUUGCUGGUCUUGAUCAUGUAUCUUCUCCUGGAGUACCAGGUCAAGUUCACGAUGACGACGAAGAUGCUACAGGUCCACAUGAUGGCAUGUCCGUUCAAAUCCCUAGCGAGGAUGCCGACUCUUUAGGCCUAGUGCAGGACGACUCGGGUCUUGACGAACAACCGUCAAAACGUCAGCGCCUUGAUGAAGAUGAUCAGCAACAGACUGAUGAUGCAGCCGUCCUAUCGUUAGCAGCAGAUGGGUUACCCGUGCCCGAAGAUCAUUAUGGUCCACCUGAGUAG